AUGGGGUGGAACCCAGGUUCGCUCACUUCCUCCCUCAUUCGGAAUAGUUUUCGUCCCCCCCCUCCUACUCAUCGCACCCUUUUCUUUUCCCGUGAUCACCCCCCUUUCCGCCUCUUCCCCGUCCCAGGUGCUGAGCGAGGCGGAGGACCUGCCGCACCUGCGGGAGGUGGAUCUGUGCAUGAACGCGGACCUGGUGCUCGUGGAGAGCAAGUACGGCGCCUUCCUCUCCCACUCGCACCCUGCCUUCUUCCCCCAAUUUUACCUUCGUUCACCUCCCAUUUCCCCUUUCCCCCCUCCCUCUCUUUCCAUCCCCCCCGCGCUGGGCCCCUGGUUACCGCCCUUACCACCCUUGUAACUUGGUCCCAGGUACUGAGCGAGGCGGAGGACCUGCCGCACCUGCGGGAGGUGGAGCUGUGCGUGAACGCGGACCUGGUGCACGUGGAGAACAAGUACGGCGCCUUCCUCUCCCAGCCGCACCUUGCAUUCCGCCCGCAGCUCUUCUCCUCGCCCCUCUCCGACCGCUCUGCCGCGGGGCCUGGGCGGCCGGGCGCAGGGCGCGAUGGGGAGGACGAUGAUGCGGACGUGGAGCCGUACCUGGAGAACAGGGACCCGGACGACGAGGUGGGGAGGCGUGUGGGGAAAGGGGGGGGGUCGGGUCACUAUGGGGGCCCACCCAUCAUGGCGUACGAGCCUCUGUUCAGCUGGGAGACGGACAGAGCUGCUGUCAUUGGCCAGCGCAUGCCCAUCAAGCCCAUUGUCAGCAGCACAGUGUAUGUGCCCUGCCCUGCCCUCCUUUCCUCACCAGUCCCAGCGGCUUUCCUCACCAGUCCCAGCCACUUUCCUCCUUCCUUUCAACUCCUCUCACAUGCCACAGCACCAGGCACGCGCUUCUCUGUGCGAAUACUGUCAUUCAACGUACCGGCAGGCCUCGUGGAGCCCUUUUAUGGCUCCAUCUGUCUGUAUCACACGGAGAAGAAGGAGAAGGUUUCAGAGGAUUUUCAUUUCCAGUACCUGCCUCUCUCCUGGGACGGGGAGAGCACGUCUCCCGAGCUGAGGGCGAUAUUCACGGUGGAGAGGGAGGCGGCAGCGCUGUGCCUGCUGGUGCAGGUGGAGCGAGCAGUCACAGAGGAGAGCAUCAACGGCGUCAAAGGCUCCGUGUACACGCGCAAGGACCCUGUGCUGUUGUACUCAUCACAUCACUACUCCUUGCUGAUUAACAUGCACCUGCUUCCCUCCUUGCUCACUGGGAUCUUCUUUCCAUGUGUGCAUGCAGCCCGUUUUGACAGAGAGGGAGGCAUCACGGCUCUCAGAAUGGGCACAGUCCAUCACGCUUUCACCCCAUACCCCCCUGCAACCCCCCACCUUACCUACUUUCUCCCUUCUCCCCCCACACAACCACCACAGAGCAUGCCAUUCCGCGAGGCCUUUGCGUUCGCCACCAUCCCGCUCUUCGACUCAGCCGGCACAGGAAGCGCCACCGGCUUCGGGAGCAGCAGCACAGGAGCCGGCACACCAGGGGUGCUGGGCGGAGCAGCAGGGGGAGGGGCAGGGGAAGGGGCAGGGGGGCCUGGGACGCCGGGGUCUAGCAGUGGGGCGCUGGGGGAAGGGGCGGCUGCGCCGCGGUAUGAGCUGGGGGGGCCUCUGCUCGUGGAUAUCCCGUGUAUGCAGCGCGUGAAGGAGUGCUACACUGAAGACCAGCUCUUUGUGCGUAUCACGCAGCAGGAGCUAGGGAUGUCUGCCGACCCCAAGCGCAAGGUGCACAAGCCAGUGCGCAUGUCCAUGCAAGUGGAGGUGGAGCGGCUGCCAGGCAGCACGGCUCUCUCCCACUCCGCUCAGGGGGGACCUGCAGGGACCAGCACCCCUUACAGCCAGGCCAUGGGUCACACGCGGUCAAUGGAGUCAAUGGGGUCAGACGCGGAUGAAGUGGGUGGGCUCAGUCGCACCUUCUCCAUCUCCCGCCUGCUCAACGGGUUCCAUGCAUUGGACUUCACAGACAUGACGCGUGCAGAGCCAUUCACCCAUCUGGAGCACCUGGCGUUUGUGUAUCCGCACAGCGUGACGCUCCCCAAGAAGCUCAAUCUCUUCAUGCGCCUCGAGCUCCGUGACGACGACACCGACCUCCAGUCCUCACGCCCUCAGCUCGAGGCCAUCUUCCCCUGGGAGCGGGAGCACGCGAUGCAGCGAGUGGCGUCGUCACAGGUGGCCAUGGGCAUGCGGCCAUCGCUCUUCCACGAUGAGUUCAAGAUCCAGCUGCCCGCCGUGCUGCGCCCCUCCCACCACCUCCUCUUCUCCUUCUUCCACAUCGACCUCGCCGUCAAGUCCGACCGCCCCAAACCGGUCGUGGUUGGCUACUCUGUCAUGCCUCUGUCAGCUGUCACACAGUCGUUCAAGGGCGAGAUGAACCUGCCCAUGUCCAAGGAGCUGUUACCCAAGUACCUGCACGAGAGCACAAAAGCGAAGCUGACCUACUGGGAGGAGGGCAAGGCCGUGUUCCGCCUGCGCACGCGCCUCUUCUCCUCGCUCCUCCCCCUCUCCGACCGCCUCCGUGACUUCUUCCGCCAGUACGACCGCCACGUGCUGGAGGCUCCCCUGCCCCGGGAGGAUUUGUUGGAGUCGAUUAAUGGGCUCAAGGGCGUGGAUACGGUGGUGCUGCUGCAGUUCCUGUACCCGCUGCUCAACAUGCUGCUGUGCAUGAUUGGGAACGGCGUCGAGACGCUGCAGGUGGCGGCAUUCCGAGCCACCGUCAACAUUGUGUCGAGGGUGCAGGCAGAGCUGUCACCCAACGUGCCGCGCAACCGCUUCCUGGUGCACUUUGUGGACUUCGUCUUUGACGACCUGGGCCGCCAGCAGCCGCCCGUCUACCCCGGACUCAGCAAUGUCUGGCGCUCCCUCGCCCGCAGCAAGUCCCGGGGCUUCCGAGUAGGUCCGGUGUACAGCGAGGCGCUGACCAUGGCAUGGUUUGUGCUGGAGCUGGUCGUCAAGUCCAUGGACCUCGAGCUCGCCCAGGUGCCGCAAGGCGAUGAGAUAGCGCGGCUGAGGCUGGAGGACGAGGUGUUUCUGUGCAUCCGGCAGCUCUUUGAGUGCCUGCUGGUCGAGGUGCAGGACAAGGCCGACUCUGAAUACCCCCUCGCACGCCGCCUCACCAACUCCCUCGCCUUCUUCUGCUAUGAUCUCAUCACAGUUGUUGACCCGCCUCAAGUGUUCGAGCUGGUGGGGCUAUUCCUGUCGCAGCUAGCGGGCAUGUGUCCAGCGAACCAGCACUCCCUCAAGCUGCACUUUUUGCGCAUCCUCUGCGACCAUGACCUCUUCGUUGAGACGCCCGGCCGUGGCCCCACCGAAAAGAACUAUCUGUCGACAGUGCUGGUGAAGGACCUAUUCACAGGCCUGAACCACGACGACCCCAACCAGCGAGCCACAGCGUCGCGGAUGCUGACCUUCCUGCUGGCCAAGCACGAGUACGACGCGCGCUACCAGCAGGCGGACCUCAAGCUCUACAUCUCGCAGCUCUACUUCCCCAUCGUCACCCAGGUAUUAGACGACCCACGCGUGUUCACGCGCCUGGGGGUGCUGCAGAAGCGGCAGGUGGUGGUGGCGGUGCUGGCAGUGCUGCGGCAUGUGGACAGCGAGACGCUGCUCAAGGCGUGGAAGCACAGCGCUGCUCGCACACAGCUCUUCUUCUCGCUGCUGCAGGAGUCACUCUUCCUUUUCCAGUCUCCGUUGAUCUACCCCCCACCAUCCCCCUUCUCUCUUCUCCUCACCCACCGUCCACCCUUCCUCUCCUCACCAGUACACGGGUCGCACAGGAGUGAGCACGGGGAGCUGGGGGCAGUGUACACGGGGCGCACGGGGGUGAGCACGGGCGAGCUGGGCGCAGUGGUGCGCAACCAUCACAGCCUGGACGGCAAGGGGCGCAAGGGGGGCAGUGAGGGGGAGCUGCCCGCCUUCCCACUCUACUCAGACCGGGUCUCCCUCCUGGACGGCAAGGGGCGCAAGGGCAGCAGUGAGGGGGAGCUGCCCGCCUUCCCACUCUACUCCGACCGGGUCUCUCUGUCCGCCAAUGACUCACUUGACAGCAUGGCGCUCGCAGAUCCCAAGGUGGGGAGAGUGAGUGCUGUGCUGCGGGGGAGUGGCGAGCGGGAGCAGCUGGUGCGCAAGUACAGUGGCGUAUCCUCCACCGCUGCACCACCACAGCCUACUGCUGGGAGUGGCGAGCGGGAGCAGCUGGUGCGCAAGUACAGUGGUGUAUCCUCCACUGCCGCACCACCACCGCCUACUGCCCGGCCGCCAGUGCCGUUACGGGAGGAGCUGAGGCGCGCCCGGGUGGCGCCUCUGGAAGCCAUGACCAUUCUCAGACAAGGCUUGCCGCCCAUUGCUUCCGAGAAGCUGGUGAGCCAUGCGGGAAGCGGCGAUGGCAGGGUGGGUAUCCCUGCACUGCAGGUACUGCAGGUACUGGAGGUGCUGGAGCAGUUAGGCCAUGUGGGAGGCAAGGCAACCAUGGCAGGGUGGGUGUCACUGGAGGUGUUGGAGCAGUUCAGCGACCUACCUGGUUGCAACUUCUCCUUUCCCCUGCUGUAUACCCCCCGCCUCCCCCCCUCGUCUCUUCCCCUCCUCGACCAGGCCAUGUGGGAGGCAACGAUGGCGGGGUGGGUGUCACUGCAGGUGCUGGAGGUGUUGGAGCAGUUCAGCGACCUGGCAGCAGAGGGCGCGGUGGUGACGGAGUAUGACACAAUGGACUGCCUCACUGGCCCCAUCUCUGCGCUUCUCAGCAUGCCUCAGGUAAGCCUGCCCCAGGUAACGCCCGCUCUCAGCCUGCCCCAGCAGUUCAGCGACCUGGCAGCGGAGGGGGCGGUGGUCACGGAGUAUGACACCAUGGACUGCCUCACAGGCCCCAUCUCCGCCCUCCUCAGCAUGCCCCAGCCGGUGUCCUUCUGGGAGGUGUUUGUGCCGGCGUUUGCAGAGAUGCUGCGGCUGCACGGCAGGGCGAUGCUGGCGAGCAGCAAGGCGAACGAUGCGCGGCUCAAGGACAUGUUUGGCAACCUGCUCAAGCGCCUCAUUGUGAAGCCCGAGUUUGUGCGCAAGCGAGCACUGCUCUGCCUGCUGCUGCUGCUCCGGCCUUGCUACUUGAGCCGCUGGCUGUUGUCGUCCCUCUUCAACUCCCCCUCCAAUCGCAUCCAGACGGCUCUGCUGCAAAUGGGCAACGUGCACCACCUGAGGGUCAUCCUCACAGUCGCUCUCCCCGAGGUCAUCAUGCAGCUGCGCCUGCUAUUGCCUUCUCACCGCCGUGCACGCUCUCCAACCCCUUCCUACCCCCCUUCUUCCCCCAAUCCCAUCCAGACGGCCCUGCUGCACAUGGGAAACGUGCACCACCUGCGGGUCAUCCUCACAGUUUCUCUCUCCGAAGUCAUGAUGCAGCUGCGCGGCUGUGCCUGCGGUACGGCCCUGCUGCACAUGGGCAACGUGCACCACCUGCGGGUCAUCCUCACCGUCGCCCUUUCAGAGGUCAUGAUGCAGCUGCGCCUGCUGCAGCGCGGCGCCAGGCCCGGGGAGAUCACCGAGUCUCUCGAGGUGGAGCGGCUGCGCUUCUCAUUGGAGGAGCUAGGCUCGGAGGAGACGUGGUUCGGGCUGCUGGCAGAGAGCGGGCUACCAGACAUGUGCCUUGAGAUCAUGGUGGGGGAUGAGGAGGCGGAUGAGGAGGAUGAAGAGGAGGAGGAGGAGGAUGAGGAGGAUGAUGAGGAGGACGAUGAUUAUGAUGAGGAGGAGGAUGAGGAGGAAGAAUUUGAUGAUUUGGAUGAGUUUGACGGGGAGAAUGGGAGGAGGAGGAGGCGGAGGAGGGGGAGGAGGGGGAGGAGGAGGGAGAGGAGGAUUCGGGACCGGUGGUCGAGGAAGAACGUGGAUGAGCUGCAGGACAUGCUGCUCACUGUUGUGGACGCUGCUUCACAGCAUGAGCAGCUGAUGGAGGGGCUGAAGACGUCCAACGACCGGUACGCCAUAGUGGAGAGCUACUACAUCCUGGCACAGGCGUACGGGCACGUGCCGGAUCUGUACAUCAUGUGGAUGCUGCACCUCUGUGAGGCUCACCAGGAGAUGAGCCAGUGGGCCGAGGCCGCCCAGUGCGCUGUCUCCGUGGCUGGGGUGGUUAUCCGGGGUCUGCACGCGUCCACGACGCGGGAGUGCGCGUGGGAGGCUGAGCACCUAGAGCUGCUCUGGCGAGUCUGCCCUCUGGCCCGCCACCAGUGGCGAGCACGUCCCUCGCGCCCCUCCGCCCGCCCCCGCCUCCCCAACGCCUCCAAGGGCGCUGCAGGCGGGGGAAGCACAGGCGCGGCAGCAGCAGGGGGAGGGGAGAGUGAGUUUGGGGCGACGUGUCUGAACACGGACAGUGCGGUGAAGUACCUGCAGAUGGCGUCCAGCUUCUUUGCCAAGGCCGAGCUCUUCCACUUCUGCGCUGAAAUGCUCUCCCUCACCAUCCCCGUCUUCCGCUUCCGCCGGGAUUUCUUCCAGGUGAGGAUGGCAGCAUCACCACGUGAAUUCUACCAGGUUCGUGUCCCUCUGGGGCUGUGUGUGCGUGCGUUCAGGGCGUUCCUUAGUACGCAUGCAGUGUACAUUGCCAGGCGUGUGCUGAGAGCUUUUCCACUUCUGCGCCGAGAUGCUCUCCCUCACCAGGUAAGAGCCAUCCCCGUCUUCCGCUUCCGCCACGAAUUCUACCAGCUGUCCAAGUGCCACACGUCACUCUCAGGCAUCUACGACAACGUGUUGGCGCAGGAGCAGAACCCAAUCCCCUUCAAGGACGCAACAUACUAUCGAGUCGGCUUUUAUGGGGAGCGAUUCGGAUACAUUGAUGGCAGAGAGUUCAUCUAUCGGGAGCCUCGGGAGGUACGGCUGGGAGACAUAAUGGAGAAGCUCAAAUCGCUCUACGAUGCGCGCGAGCCCGAUGAGGAGCCGCUCCACGUCAUCCAGGACUCGCGCCAGGUGGACCCUGCCGCCCUCAAGCCCGGCUUCGUCUACAUGCAGAUCACCGCCGUCGAGCCUGUCAUUGGGAUCGGCGAGGACCGCUGGCUCGGCCGUACCAUCGACCCAGCCGUGGCCGGAGCUCCGGUGUUUAACUGUUUCUUUUUCGACACGCCGUUCACGCCGAACGGGAAGCAGCACGGUCGGAUGGAGGACCAGUGGAAGAGGCGGACGCUGGUGUACACCCAGAGCACGCUGCCGAGCCUGAUCAGCCGGCAGCCGGUGGUUCGGUCGGAGGUUCGGGAGUACUCGCCGCUGCAAUGCGCCGUGGAGAUUAUUGAAAACAGGUCGCACGCGCUAGAGAUGGAAAUGGCGAGCCAGCUGGGAGCUGCGGGAGGAGGAGGGGGAGGAAUGGGAGGAGCAGGAGGAGGAGGAGGGGGACGCGUGCCACAGGACCCUGCAGCAGUGACGGCACUGAUCGCAGCAGCUGCAACAGCCGGCGGGACACUACGGUUGCCUCGGAUACAGACGCUGCAGCGGUUGCUGCAAGGGAGUGUUGCACUGCAGGUUAACAGCGGGGUGCUGGGUGUAUGUAUGGCUUUCUACGAGGCCAAUCCUCAUGGCCAAGAGCCGAGGCCCAAGGACCCGUCGAAGCUUCAGUCACCGUCGGGUGUUGAGACAUUGUCGGAUGCGAUCGUGCGGUUUGUGGUGGUGUGCAAGCGGGCGGUGGCGGUGCACGGGCGGGCCGUGACGGAGGAUGAUAGGGAUUUCCAGGAGCAGCUUGAGAGGAGCAUGGAGGAGCUUGAGAGGGAAAUUUCGCCCUUCAUUCCAACCAGAGUCAGCUCAACUGGCUUUCCUCUAACGAGUGCGUCAGUCAUCUUCCCUGUCCUCCCGCAACCGCCGGUCAUGGCUGCCAGCAUGUCCCUGGAUUUGGGAGCCGUGCGGUACCGUGAUGUCAAGCUAGGACAUUCAUCGUUCACGAGGAGUGCAGAAUUCGCGAACGCCGUAACGAUGCCGUUGAACGCGGCGAGCAGCCGGAGAUCCAACGGCUGUCGGCUGUCGCUGCGUGCAGCGAUGAUGGAGUCGGCGCCUGUACCCAUGAAAAGCCACGAGGAGCGAAACCUGCCGCAUAUUGAGCAGAUCAAGGCGCUCUCGCUCAUAACGGCCAUCAAAACACCGUACCUCCCGGACGGUCGCUUCGACCUGGACGCGUACGACGAGCUGGUGCACCACCAGAUUGAGAACGGUGCAGAGGGGUUGAUUGUGGGCGGGACGACGGGCGAGGGGCACCUGAUGAGCUGGGACGAGCACGUGAUGCUGAUCGCGCACUCGGUGUACUGCUUCGGGAACAAGCUCAAGAUCGUGGGCAACACGGGCAGCAACAGCACGCGCGAGGCCAUGCACGCCACGGAGCAGGGUUUCGCUGUGGGCAUGCACGCGGCGCUGCAGAUCAACCCCUACUACGGCAAGACGUCGCUGGACGGACUGCGGAGCCACUUUGAUGUGGUGCUGCCCAUGGGCCCGGCCAUUGUGUACAAUGUGCCGGGCAGAACGGGGCAGGACAUCCCUCCGUCAGUCAUUGAGGCCAUCGCGAAGCACGAGAACUUUGCCGGGGUGAAGGAAUGUGCGGGCAAUGACCGCAUCCACGGGUACGCGAAGAAGGGCAUUGUGGCGUGGAGCGGCAAUGACGACCAGUUUCAUGAUGCCAAGUGGAACCACGGCAGUCAAGGCGUCAUCUCCGUCGUCAGCAAUCUCGUUCCAGGCAAGCUUCUUCGUUCCCUGUAUUCCAGACCUGUCUUCCGCCUACCGUAUGUGCCGCUGAAUAAGGAGAGCCGGCAGAAGUUUGUGGACAUUGUGCAUGAGAUUGGGUUGGAGCACUUCCCAGGGGCCAAGGAUGUUCGGGUGAUGGAGGAUGAUGAGUUCCAAAUCAUCACGCGGUUCUUUGUGGAGCAGGGCGUGUUCGCGCAGUUCAUCCGCAUCAUGGCGCUGGCCAAUCAGCCGUCGCCACAGUGCGAGGGGGUCAUGGUGCAGCUGCUGCAGACGCUCAACCUCAUGAUUCAGAACCUCAAGAGCGAAAAGGCCAUCUACUACAUGUUCAGCAAGGAGCACAUCAACAACGUCAUCUCCUUCCCCUUUGACUUCUCUGAUGAGGAACUGCUCGCCUAUUACAUCUCCUUCCUCAAAACGCUGAGCAUGAAGCUGGACAAGUCAACCAUCUCCUACUUCAUUGUGGAAAAGGAGGAUGGCAGCAGCGCCUUCCCCCUGUACGUGGAGGCAAUCCGUUUCUUCCACCACGAGGAGAGCAUGGUCCGCAUCGCCGUCCGCACUCUCACCCUCACCAUCUACAAUGUGCACGACGAGCGCGCCAACUGCUUUGUGCUGAGCCCGUCGGCCAUCCGGUACUUUGAGGACCUCGCCAUCUUCGUGCGCCAGCAGAGCUUCACUCUUGCUCGCCUCGUUGCCAAUGCUGUCAGGAACUUUGGGUCGAUAGUGGACGUGGGGCGAGUGGAGGCGUCCAUAGCUGAGAUAGGCGAUCUGCUGUACUACUGCAACGACGUCAUGAGCGCCGGCAUCCCACAGCUCUCAGAGGUCGUCUCGGAGCACCUCCUCAGCAUCUGGGUCUUCCCCGUGCUCCUCGCCUCGCUCUCCCCUGAGUCUGGCUCCCCAAAUGCGAAGCGCAUAUCCCCGCUGUGUGCCAUGUACCUGCUGUCGCGUGUGCUGCACGUGGUGACCUACCGCCCCUUCCUCGACGCCGCCACCCGCUCCAUCGCCGCCUCCCUCUCCGCCAGCCCUGCUGGCUCCGAUGGGGUGCUGCCGCAGCUGUAUGAAUUCCAACAGCAGCAGCAGGGGAAACCGCAGGAGAAGCAUCAGGAGAAACUGCAGGAGAAAAGGCAGGAGAAGCAGCAGGUGAGGAGGAGCAGAAGUGCAUCUGCGGAUUUCGGGGUUCAGGAUAGCGAGUUUGGUGUAGGGAAAGGGAGGGAAGGAGCGUCUGGUGGUGCUGGUAGUGCGGCAGCAGCAUUGGUAGGAGCAGUGGCUGCAGUGGCAGGCACAGCAGGAGCAGCAACAGCAGGUCACAGGUUGUCUGAUACCCAUCACCUCUCUGCAAGACCUCCAGUCCCCCCUCCUGCUCACCUUACAACCCCUGCUUCUGCUUCUGCUGCACAAGGCAUAGUCUCCCCACCUUCUGCAACUGCAGCAGCAGCAGAGGAGAGGGAUGGAGGGGCGAGUGCAGGAGGAGUGGCGGAAUUGGGAGAAUCCUCAGCAGCAGAUAGGGCAGAGGGGAAGAAGGGCAAGUGGCCGUUGUCAGCUAGACGUGGAAUUGCGGGCUCGCCUGGGGGCUCGUUAACAGAGGGGCUAGAAGGGAGGGAGGGCAGAGAUGGGGGCAGUGAGGAAGCAGGGGAGAGAGGAGGGGAGAGAACAGGGGAGGGCAGGGAAGAUGUAGCGGCAGCAGAUGCGCCGAACGGGUAUGUUGCGGGAAGGAAGGAGGGAGAAAGCAAGCAGGGGGAAGAUAAGAAUCGUGCGGAGGAUGGUGGUAGGAGUGGUGUUGUGCGGUCAGCAUCGGCACGAGACAGGCUGGCUCUGUCGGCUCGCAGGCACCUCAGGACCCAGAGCAGUGGCAGCAGCAGGAGCCUUACCGACUCGCCCCAGCGUAUCAAGAGCUCAGACUCCCCACAGCAAAUCAAAAGCUCUGACUCCCCGCAGCGCAUCAAGAGCUUUGAUUCCCCACAGCUGAAUGAGAGCUCGGAUGCGGUUCAGAGGAGCUUCAGCUCGCCCCUCAGGAGCUCUCCCCUCAGGAGCUCGCCUCUCAGGAGCUCCCCGUACAGGAAGCAACGCCAUGCCUCUGAGACCAUCAUCCUGGACCUUGAUCCCACCGCCAGCGCCUGCGCCUGGUAUGUUCUUCUGUUCCCGUUCCGCCUCUGCUCCCCUACCAUCGCCUCUACUCCCCCACCCCCUCCUCCCCUCCCCCCAACCCCGCUGCUACCCCCGCCCCCUCCUCUGCCCCCCCACCUACUCCUCUGCACCCCCACCUCCUCCUCUGCACCCCCACCCCCUCCUCUGCCCCCCCACUCCCUCCUCUGCCCCCCUUCCCCCUCCCCUGUCUUUCCAACCUCUCCUCUCCCCCUCCCUCACCCACUCCUCUCCGCAUACCCCGCUACCACCAGUGCUGGUAUGCUUCCUCCCCCGCCACGCGCCACCAGUACUGGUCUUGUGCCCUGUCACCCAACUUAUUCCAACGUCUGUGCUUCACUCUUUCCCUUUCCCCUCCUCAAUCUCCCACCCAUUGUCUCUCGCCCCCAGCGACACGAUAGUAUCGUACCUGCUGUGCAACAACGGGCGUUGAGCGGUGGGUGCUGGCAUGGGUGUUUCCCGUCACUCACUCCUGCAUUCCUCUCUUCUCCAUCCUUAACCUCCCACCCUCCUCAAUCUCUCGCCCCCAGGGACACAAUAGUGUCGUACCUACUCUGCAACAACAGGCGGUGGGUGCUGGCGUGGUUGCUUCCCGUUGUCCACUCUCCCAAUCUCUCCCUUUUCCCUCCUCGAUCUCCCACCUUUCUUCAUCUCUCGCGCUCGGUCUUUCUCCUCCCCCAGGGAUACGAUAGUGUCGUACCUACUGUGCAACAACGAGCGGUGGGUGCUGGCGUCGGUGGUUACUGUUGCCCAAUCCCCCAAUCUCUCUCUUUUCCCUCCCGCCCUUUACGGUCUUUCACCCUCAGGGACACGAUAGUGUCGUACCUGCUGUGCAACAACGAGCGGUGGGUGUUGGCGUCGCUCUGCGUGCUCUGCGGUCUGCUCCAAAACACAGCGGUGCACGACUCGUUAUUGGAGGAGCUGGGCAUGCUGCCGUGCAACCGCGCUUCUCUCAUGAGUCUCAUCACGUCCCAUCCCGCCAUCCCGCCCACCCUGCCCUCCCCCCCCCUCACGGAAGCAUUGGUGGGCAACCAAUCAGAGGAGCAGCUGAAGCGGCUGUUGAGGCGGCAGGACAGUGAUGCAGUGGAGGGGGGGGAGCAGGCAGAGGCGGGAGGGGUUGGAGGGGGAGCAGGAGGAGGAGCAGAGGCGGGCAGGGAGGCUGAUAGGUUGUCGCAUGGAGCAGCAGAGGCACCGUUGGGAUCAGGAGCAGAUGCAGCUGUAGCACCAGCACCAGCAGCAGGUUCUGAUGCCGGCUCAGCAUCUGAAUCAUCUGUAGCAUCUGUAGCAGCUAGGGCGGAGUUAAGAGGUGAUAGUAGCGGGGGUGAGUGCAGCGAGUGUGGCAGCAGCAGCCGAGGUUCGGGCAGCGGGCGAUGGGCAGUGGGGGCAGGAGCAGGACCG